GGGCGGCAGCAACGGCAGCAGCAGCGGCAUGGGCUGGUGGGGCUGUGCCGCGCCCGCGCCCCCUCCGCCGCCGCGCCCCGGCGCCCCGUGCCUCCCGGCUUACUAGAGCCGCUGCUAUGGGGUCCCACCUGCCGCCCCAGCAGCGCCCGGAGCCCCAGCUGGUGCUGCAGCUGGCGGCCGGCGCUCUGCAAGCGCAGAACUUGGAGCUGUCGGGCGGGGGCCUGGGGCCCGAGUGUCAGGUGCUGCUCCGGCGGGCCGACGCGCUCGCCUACGGCGGGCGGCUGCAUGAAGCCUUGCCGCUCUACCAGCUGGCGUCCCGUCACCAGCAGCUGCGGGCGGAGCAGCUGGAGAAGCUGGUAGAGUGCCUGGCGCAGAGUAUCCGGAUCAAAGAGGGGUUGCCUGCCGCCGGGAGCGGUCCCCCGCAGCUCCGCGACUGGGACGUCUUCAGGUGCCGCAAGUGCCAGGGCUUCCUUUUCGAGCCCGUUUCCUUGCCUUGCGGACACACGUUCUGCAAAAAGUGCCUGGAGAGGGACCGGGCGGCCGAAUCCCGCUGCGUCCUGUGCAGGGAGGAGGGCAGCGCGGCGGCCGGGCAGCUCCUGCGGGUCAAUGUCAUCCUCAGCAACCUGCUGGCCAAGUGGUUCCCCUGUCAAGUGAAGGCUUCACAGCUCCGGCAUGAAGGGAACCUCUUGUACAAGGAGAAGAAGCUACAAGCCGCCCUGCAGAAGUAUAACGAAGCGGUCAGCCUAGCUCCAAAUGACCACUUGCUAUAUAGCAACCGGUCCCAAAUUAACUCUACUCUCAAAGCUUGUGAAGAUGCAUUGCAUGAUGCAGAAACAGCAUGCAGACUGCAGCCAUACUGGUUGAAAGGUCACCUAAGGAAAGGGCAAGCAUUAGCUAAUCUGGGGAAAACAGAAGAAGCUUUAAGAGAGUUCCUAUUCUGCCUUGCUCUAGAUACUGGGAACAAGACAGCCAAGUGUGAGGCACAAAAGCUUCUACUUAGUUUGUUUUCACUCAUCCCGGGAAAUGCUCAGGAACACUUACCCGAUAUCCUGCAGCUGUUGUCACAUCACUCUAGAUUAAAGGGGAAUCUUCUAAAUUCAGUGGGAUCUGGAGGCACCAGCCAUAACCUACAAAGGUUGCUCAAGGUAAAUGUGGAGCAGAGAAAGGGUUUUCCCAUUCAAGAGGAAUCAAAUGUAACUACUUCUGAUAGUUUGAGGAAAUCUGUACAAAUUACAGAUUGCAAAAAGGACUGCUUGGAGGAGGAGAACAAAUUCCCCUCCAUGCCAGAGUCUACCUUUCUCAUUACUGAGAAGUGCAGCCUCCUGAAAAGGAAGUGCUGCCCAGAGGAAAUGCGAACUGCUGAGGUACCCUGCAAACUGAUGAAGAAAGAUACAGUUGAUACUAAGGGAAAUAGUACGGGACAACAAACUCCAUUUCAAUUUGUGGAUCCAUCAGAUUUGGACUGCUCCCUAUGUAUGAGGCUAUUCUACGAACCUGUCACUACACCUUGUGGGCACACCUUCUGUCUCAAGUGUCUUGAGAGAUGCCUGGAUCACAACCCAAAGUGUCCCCUGUGCAAGGAAGGACUCUCAGAGUGCUUGGCUAUGAGGAAAUACUGUAAAACAGUACUUAUGGAGGAGUUAAUAGCUAGGUAUCUUCCAGAGGAACUCACUGAAAGAAGAAAGAUUUAUGAAGAGGAAAUAGCAGAGCUUUCCAACCUAAAUAAGAAUGUUCCUAUAUUUGUCUGCACAAUGGCUUAUCCCACAGUCCCAUGCCCUCUGCACAUUUUUGAGCCAUGUUAUCGCCUGAUGAUUCGAAGGUGCAUGGAAACUGGCACCAAACAAUUUGGGAUGUGCAUCAGUGAUCCUCUAAAGGGGUUUGCAGAUUAUGGCUGCAUUCUGGAGAUAAGAAACGUUGAAUUCUUUGCUGAUGGUCGUUCUGUUGUAGACAGCAUCGGCAAGAGGAGAUUUAAGGUGAUACAGCACAGCCAGCGUGAUGGCUACAACACAGCAGAUAUUGAGUACAUUGAGGAUCAAAAGGUGCAAGGACAAGAGUAUGCUGCAUUACUUGUUCUCCAUGAUUCUGUCUAUGAUCAGGCAUAUAUGUGGUUUAACUCCCUCAAGCAAGCACUCAAAAGUCGAAUUCUCAGUCAUUUUGGUCCAAUGCCUGCUAAGGAUCCUGACCCACAGGCAAACCCUAACGGUCCAGCCUGGUGCUGGUGGGUCCUAGCUGUCCUUCCACUUGAGAACAGAGCUCAGCUCCCUUUCCUUGCUAUGAAAUCCCUCAAAGACCGCUUGAAUGGCAUCAGACGUGUCCUUACAUUCAUGUCUCGUACAAGAUCACGGUGAUGGUGAGAAGGAGAGCUGUGAAGUCUCCCACAAUACUUGACUGUAGACUGUCUCUUGUAACUUCAUCUAACUGCAAUAAUGUCUUACAGAUUUGAGUGUCAGGAUGUUUCAAGCCUGAAUUUCAAGGAAAAUGAGUUAUAGAGCAAGGGAUGUUUAUGGAUACUUCAGUAGUUUCCAUCUGGAACUCUGAGAUGAUUAUUCAAUCACUGCACUGCUAAAUUAACAACAAAUGUGAUAGAACAAAAAGUGAUCUUGUUUGCCAUAAACCUUUUAAAGCUUAAGAGGUUUUUAUUUUUAUUUUUUAGUGGAUAAAGGAUAAACUGUGCAGUUUAAUGUGAAGCAGAAAUAACAACAUCAAUGCAUUAUUUCAGUGAACUGCAAAGUCUUUUAUUCCAACUGGUUCAGGUUUUAUAUAGCGUUGUGUAAAAUAAUGGUCACGACUUCCGUUGGAUAAUUUAUUUUUGCACUAUGAUUUUUUUUUUUUGUUUCAAAAUGUGUGUUAUUUAUGUAUUCAGUCUCUAAAGAAAAGUGAGCUACUCUAUUUAUUUAUAGUGGUUUUACCCUAUAUUUAUGACUGGGGACAAAAUGAUGAUUCUAGCAGUGUACAACCAACUGCUUUGAUAAUUUUUCAGAUAUUUGUGUUCAAAUAAUUUGAAUGUUUUUCUACUUAUCCCCAGUUCUACUGUAGCCUUAGAAGGACUCUUUUUUUCCCCCCCUGAAACAGCCUGCCAUGAACUCUUUGAAUACACAGAUUGUCAGUUGUUGGAGCUCAAUCCUAUGCUUGCAACUAGAUUCCUGAUAUCCCAGAACAGUUGAGCACAUGCUUUACCUUAGGCAUGAGUUGAUCAGU